AAAUCAAUUCCCAUGCUAAUCGGGCAAAUGCCGAUUUAUUAGGGGACAGAACUGGAAACGGAGAUGAAAAAUGCAUAGAGACGGCAUCGCAAUUGAAAACUCGCGAACCUCCUCAUACGCAUGACCGCUGGGAAUAUUCACUUAUCGCGAAAGGGGAAUCAGGAUGGAAACACUUCGUCGUCGCAUCGGAGACUUCCAAGGUUGGAGACGUCGUGUGCAGACGUGGGCUUCCAAGGUUCCUUCACACACACACACUUUUCCCGCUUUGGAUCGCGCCCAUCUCGGCCGUCAUGCCGCACGGCCCGAGCCUAGACACUACCAUCAACCCAUCGCCCGUGCCAAAGCUCCAAUACAUUCCAAGGUUGGCAGGAAUGAAUUCUCGGGGCAAAUCCGUCAAUUUGGGCUGUGAAUUUUAACAUCACGCCACAGCGAGUCAUUGGCAAUUCAUCAUCACUGAUGCUA